UUUUUUUCUUCUCUCUAUAAAGCUCCCCACUUUCCUUUCUUUCUCCUCCAAAUUCCAAAUACCCAAUUCCCAAUUCUCAGUUUUCUUCUAUUUGAUUUCAAUUCCUCUGAAUUCUCAACCUUCUCCUUCAUCUAUGGCACUCCAAGCUCUCAAUUCCCCUACCAUGGCCGCCCCUCCUCCCUUUCACUUCGAUGACGUCUCCUUCCUUCAGCCACUCAAGCCCUGGGCCAAGCGCAAGCGUUCCCGCCGCCCUUCUCUCGAUGAUUCUCCCUCUGAAGAAGAGUAUCUUGCUCUCUGUCUCAUCAUGCUCGCCCGCGGCGGCGGACCUCGUUCCUUGCCGGAGCCUGUCACCGCCCCCAAGUCCGUCUACAAGUGCCCCCUUUGCGAUAAGGUUUUUUCCUCUUACCAGGCUCUGGGUGGUCACAAGACUAGUCACCGGAAACUCACAACCGCCGACGACCAGUCCACGUCGCUCUCCGGCACCACGUCCAACACCACGACUAACUCCAGUGGAAGAGCUCAUGUAUGUAAUGUUUGUCACAAGUCGUUCCCCACUGGCCAGGCCUUGGGUGGCCACAAGCGCCGCCACUACGAUGGCGGUGCUAGCGCCGCCGCGAAUCACCAGAGCUACAGCGGGAUGACGUUGACGUCGUCGGAGGGAGUAGGUUCGACCCAUACAGUUAGCCAUAGCCACCGAAACUUCGACCUGAACAUCCCGGCCUCGCCGGCUUUGUCACCGAAGCUCUUCUUCCCCGGUGACGAGGAGGUGGAAAGUCCUCUUCCGACGAAGAAGCCUCGGUUCCUCUGGAUGCCGGAACCGGAGAUCUCGCUGAAUUAGGACGAUCCUUCCCGGAGUUGAAUCAAAAUUCAUAAUUUAGUUGAAUUUUUAUUUUUAUAAAAUUAGUUUAGCUGAUUUUUGGGAUGUAGAAAGAGGGGUAGACAAAGACAUGGUUCAGUUUAGAACUUUGUAUCACUGAAAAAUUCAAUUAAUUCUUUUUUUGUUUUUCAA